AUGGCCUCGACCUCGACCGAUUACUCCACCAUUCCGACCCCGGCCAGGUGCUACGUUGACUUUUGCUUGGUUCCUGUCGGCACCGGAAAUGUCUCGGUGGCUAAGGAAGUCGCCGAGGUGCAGAAACUGCUUAAGGCUAGUGGGUUGGUUUAUACCAUGCACUCUGCUGGGACUACGGUUGAAGGGAGCUGGGACGAGGUCAUGAAGGUGGUGGGGCAGGCUCAUUCGGUGGUGCAUCAGGCGGGUGUGGUGAGGGUUCAGACUUCCAUGAGGGUUGGGUCGAGGACGGAUAAGGCGCAGACGGCUGAGCAGAAGGUGAAGAGGGUUCAGGAUCUUUUGGCUCAGGAUGAGGCGUAG